GCAUGAAUAUUGUGAAACAGUGCAAAAAAGUGAAAAGGAUAUAGUUAAAUGCGUAAUUAUCAUUUAGUUAAAGUGUAGGAAUCAUUUCUAUUUGGACAAGAAUGAUAUUUUUACGUCCAUUUGUCAUUUUUGCGCUGGUACUGUUAACGACCUGUGAGGCAGACCGGUUGAAAAACUUGGAGGGACAAAUGAAAGGGAUGAUUGCUUUCCAGUCAUACGUAAUGGCGAGAUUGGACACAAUUGAAGUAGAUUUUGGUACAUUAACUGAUAGAGUUUCAAAGCUUGAAUCAAUUGUUACGUCCGUUAACAAUACUCGGGAGACCGACAGUAUCGAAUCAAGGACCCGGCAUAUUGUAGGAAAUAAUACAAAACCUGAAAUUAUCGACAUCACAAAAAAGCUCACAAUGUUUAAACAUUCGUUUAAAAAACAUAAAAAAGAACUAAUUAAUGUAAAUAGUGUGUUCAAAGACACCUUAUCGACCUUUCUUUCGAACGCGUCCUCAACUGUCAGCUCAUUAGUAAAUAUAGUCCGUGACCACGUGCAAAACAGCGUUAAAAAUAUUUCAGCUACUUUGGAAAAGGUCAACAAUACAGUAGCUGAAAGUGAGCGGAUAUUGCGCUCUGAUAUUGUUAUAUUUUUGAACAAAUUCAGCUCCGAAGUAAGGACUGAUAUGGUCAUUCACUUUGAAGGGGAAAAACAAUCAAACAAUAAAACAUUGCUUGCUAUUAAGUCUCAAAGCCGAGAACAUAUUGCAAAUAAAACAGAUACUUUUGAACGUUUUAAAACAAAUAUCCUUCAAGACGUAUAUGCAGCAAAGGCAAAUGUCCAAAAUAAAACAAAUAAGAUGGAAAAGAUUGUUGAAGAGCUAAUAGGCAGAGCAAAUAAAUUUGUUGGCAUCAUUGAUGAGCAGAGAUCUACAAUAGAAGACGGUAUUAUGGUCACCAUCCGGGCGCUUCACAUUUCCUGGAGUGACUGGUCUGCGUGGUCCGACUGUUCUCUGACAUGUGACAGGGGCAGCAGAACUAGACACAGAUCAUGUGAUAUACCUCCACCUUUUACUGACGGCAUUUGCAAUGGAAAUGAUACAGAUACUGAGGAAUGCGUCAUGCACGAGUUUUGUCCAUAUUGGAGUCAAUGGUCGCCAUGGUCUCAAUGUUCACAUAUUUGCAAAAAUGGAACAAUAGCGAGAUACAAAACAUGCCAUGCUCCGGCUUCUCUCGCCACAACUUGCCAAGGAAAUAUAUCUGAAAGUCAACCAUGCCUGAUGUUAGCCGAAUGUCCAUAUGACUGCAGCGAUGUGUUACAACAAGGCCUGUCGCGUGGUUCCGGUGUGUACAGAAUUACGCCUUGGAACACGAAUAGGGACGUGGAGGUUAACUGUGAUAUGGAAACCGAGGGUGGGGGUUGGACGGUGUUUCAAAGACACUUCGAUGGUUCUGUUGCCUUCAACAGGAGCUUUGAUGAAUACGAGAGGGGAUUUGGCUCUUGGAUGGUGAAUUUUGGACGGGUCUUAGUAUUCUUCACUCUCUGACGAGUCGGGCUAACAUGACGUUACGAGUAGAAAUGAGCUUACCAGACGAAACUACUGGAUUCGACGAGUAUGCGGGUUUCUAUACUUCUCCACCAGACCAAUACAAUUUUAACGUUGAUAUGAGGAUCAGCUCAAAAGGAAUGUCCGAUUCCUCUCUUCUCUACGGUAACAAUUCUCGGUGGGAUAUCAACCACCAGCCGUUUUCAACAUACGACAGGGUCGCGGACAGCACGUCGUACUUUUGUGCCGCCGCUUAUGGUGGAGGCUGGUGGUAUAAUAACUGCAUGAACAAUAACCUUAAUGGACCGUACAAAAGUGAAACGUUUUAUUACUUGUCAUUUAAGAGAGGCACUGAGAAUACACUAAAGACAUCAACUAUGAUGCUACGAUUGAGUUAUUAAGAUUUGACCGGGGUAUUAAAUGCAGUUCAUAAAAUGCUUUUAAUUCAUUCUCGAAAUCUUGCAAAAAUAUGAAUAUGCUGCGAUUUUUGUUUUAUAUAUAUAAUCAACUAAUUCAUGUUAUUCAACUCAACAUUCCCGCUUUGUCCUAAAGUAGUUAAAUGAUCUUGUUUUGUGAAAUAAGUGAUCAUUUCAAAUCAUUAUAUUAUUAUUAUCGUAAUUUCAAUAGUUGUUUUCCUUUAAUUUGACUUGUUUUUAUUUAUAAUAUGUUUUGUGAAACUGAAAUGACAUUGUCAUUGUUUUAUGUCACAUUGUAGGGUAAUUUAUUUUCAAAAAGAGCUUGUUAAGCAAAAUGUUUCCAUUUGAAUUACAAUCGCCAUUUAACUCCAAUUGUUAGUCUUUAUGUAUUCCAUUAAACGGUCAAAUCAACAUUAUGUAAUCCAAAGUUAUUAUUUAAUUAAACACCAAUUAUCUUUCUGCAUUUCAAGGGAUCGAAGCAGUAAUAUAUAAAGUGUCUCUGUGUUUUCUAUCACUAAAUUUGUUUUAAAAUGAAAACUGUGUCAUUAUUAAAUGUCUCUUUAACUGUUAAAAUAUUUUAACUACCUCAUGCCUUAAUGUCAGUGCAAAAAAAGA